AUGGCAAAGCGAAACCGCCACAAGCGCCGCAAAAGCAAUGCGAGCGAAGCCCCACCCAGUGUGGAAGCAAGCAAGGAGCGGGCUUCUUCACAGGGUCGGCCCAAACAGGAGGGUGGUGCAAAGGGUGGUGCCAGACAGGCUCAAAAGCGCCGUCCGAAGAAGGACAGAGCAAAAGAGGUGGAGAAGCAGCUUCUCGAGGGCAAGGAGGAGGAGACCUGCUCGGUUGAGAAAGUGAGAAGGCAAAUGGACUUUUAUUUCAGCGAUUCGAACCUGCGUCGCGACCGUUUCCUGAAGCAGACGCUUGAAAAUGAUGAUGGUUAUUUGGACUUGAAGCUGCUGCUGACCUUCAACCGCAUCAAGGCCUUGGGUGUCAGUGAUAUCGACCAGCUCGUCGAUGCAGCUCGUUCGUCUCAGCUCUUGGAGCUCAAUGCCGACUGCACCAAAGUGAGGCGAGAUUACAUCAAGUUCCCACCGAAUACACACGAUCCAGUAUGCAGGACGCUCUAUGCGGAAGGUUUGCCAAUAACCUUCGGCAUCCGUGACAUUGAGAAGAUCUUCUCUCGGCACGGGGAGGUGAAGCUUGUACAGAUUCCACACCACCGUGAAACUGGGGAGCCUCGUGGCUUCUGCCUCAUCGAGUUCGGGUCUGUGAAGGUGCUGCUGGAAGCAUCAAACGAUCGUGUCAGUAAGCUGCAAGGCAAUGAGCUCGACUGCGCACCUCUAAAUGCACAGGAGGGGGUCCGCUUGGUUCAUGAGAGAUCUUUCGAGACAGCCAGAGGGACUUUUCUCGCCUUCCUGCUCCCUCCGCAUCUCCCUUUAUGA